UGCCAACCUAUCUAUGUGGAAAAUAAUUGCCUCAUGCCAACUUAAUACAUUAUAAAUAGGAAACCAAAAGAUACAUGAAUCAACAAUACCAUUCUUGACAAAGAACUUUAAAAAAAAAAAAAAAAAAAAAAUGGCCUCUCCAAUUAGUUUCCUAUCAAUCUUGAUAAUCCCUCUACUAGUUACCCCUCUUUUCUAUGAUGUUUCUAAUGCAGAUCAAGCCCUUGUUGAAAAGAUUUGCGCACAGUCCAUGGACCAUGAUUACUGCGUGUCAGUUAUACUUUCAGACCCAGAGGGUCUUACAAAUGUUCUAUAUAGGCUGGGACUCGUUAUUACUUCUGUAAGCUUGAAGUUAAUACCAACUAUCAAUGGUGAAAUUGGAAAUGCUCUUAUAAAAGCCACAAACCCAUUGGUUAGGACACGAAUUACGUCUUGCCAAGCCGAUAUAGAUGGUAUAAUCGAAGAUUUUAAUCAAGCAAGAACUGCUGCAGGUUCACAAUCCUACCACGAAGAGGCAAAAUAUCUUUCAUAUGCACAAGAUAAAAUUGCAGCAUGUAAUGCCCGAUUUAAGGCCGCCCCGGCUACUUCAUCACCAAUAACAAGUAACACUUUCAAAAUAGAGGCGCUAAUCGGUAUUUCUGCUAUUAUUCUUACUGCGACAACAACAUCUCAUAGAUAAAUUGCUACCUCUUGGUGUUAUUAUAUAAAAAAUAAAGACCUGCUUCUAUUAAUAUUUAUU